AUGUACGAAGGCAUGUGUGAGGAAAGCUUUCUGCGCCUUGUUCGUGAGGAGUUGCUGUGCCUGACACAACUUGAAAGAGAUGCGAAACUACGAGAAUGCUUCGUGAAUAGGACGAACACCCUCCGAGAUGAAGACCCAGGUCAUCCAUCCGCUUCCAAUCUGACCUACUCGUCGUAUGAGUGCCUUAUCACGCAGACCUAUAUCGACUGUCUACUGGAGAGCAACUACAAGACCUGUAAAGAAGCUGUCAAGCUGGAAAUCGCAAUGCUGUCACUGUUGGCUUAUCGAAAUGGCAGCCACUGCGUGCUGAAUACGGCUGCACCUAAAAGGCGCCCCGAACCAGACGUCGACGAAUGCAUAUCGGCCGAAUCGGGUUGUUCACAAAAAUGCGUCAACCAUCCUGGAAGCUAUGAAUGUACUUGUGAUCCCGGCUACUACCGCCUGGCUACCAACAACAGAACAUGUAUUCGUAAUGAUAAAGACCCGAUGUGGCUGUUCUUCGCUCAUGGGCAAUCAAUCUGGAAUAUUUCACUAAGUGGAGGUUCAUUCGAAUUGCAAAAAGCUGGUUUACAAAAAACCGCUGUGCUUGACGUCGAUAUAAUGGAACGCCGCAUUUUCUAUGCAGAUGUUGGCUCGAAUUCGAUUGAAAGACUAGACUUGGACGGCACGUUUCCUCAGACCGUUCAGAAGUACGACGUUGACGGCCUCGAAGGCAUCGCAGUUGAUUGGAUUGGACGAAAUCUCUACAGUCUGAGAAAGGCAGAUAUCAUUGUGCAAACGCUGACUGGCCGAUAUCGACGAGCUUUGUACAAAGGAGUGAUGCGGCUGCCGAGAGCGAUUGCAGUACCGCUUGAUGGGUGCUGUCGCCGUACGAUCAUCUCCGACUCUGGAACCGUACCUCAUGUCUUCGCUCUUUCUGUAGCUGACGAUCUUCUGUACUGGAGUGACUGGACCUACAGGGGUCUCUUUGCGAGCAGACAAACUAACAGGAGAAAAUGUGACGGUAGUGGCACAGACUGCUUUGCUGCCCUACGGACUGAAGAUCUUCCAUCCUCCCUUCCCAAUGUGACACUCUCGGAUGUAGUCAGCUUUGUCUUCUUGGACCAAAUCGAACGGCAAAAUGUGGAUGUGGAGAAGGCUACGAACUUACACAAAAACGGAAAGAACUGCACCAGCAACUGCGAUUCAAAUCAUAUCGAAUGUGGUGGAACUGAAGCAAAAUGCGUUUCGAUGUUGUAUCUCUGCGACGGCAUCUCCCACUGUCAAAGCACGGAAGCGAGACUAACUGCCUGUCAUGACAAUAAGAAAUGUGUGGCUCCUGGAGGUUUGUGCGAUGGUGUCGAGGACUGCUGGGAUGCGUCCGACGAGAAGUACUGCACCGGCUCAUUCCGAGCCAACAGCCCCAACACCAAAGUGAAUGAGAUGGCUGCCUGA